ACAUCUUCCGAGGGCGCGGGUCUGGAGGAGGCGCCCUGGCCGGCGACGCCUCUCAAGGAAGUUGGUCCUUUAAUUACAGAGCCAGUUCCCGGUCGCAUCCACCUUCAGCAGCAAGCAGCCAGCGCAGCUGGUGUCAGUCCUCUGCCUCCGGUGCAGCACUGCGGCCAUGGGCGGCUCGGCCUCCAGCCAGCUGGACGAGGGCAAGUGCGCCUACAUCCGAGGGAAAACUGAGGCUUCUAUCAAAAACUUCAGCCCCUACUACAGCCGCCAGUAUUCGGUGGCUUUCUGCAAUCAUGUGCGCACCGAGGUGGAACAGCAGAGAGAUUUAACGUCACAAUUUCUGAAGACCAAGCCCCCACUGGAACCAGGAACUGUUUUGUAUGAAGCUGAGCUCUCCCAGUUUGCUGAAGACAUCAGGAAAUGGAAGGACAGAUACGUUGUGAUUAAAAAUGAUUUUGCUGUGGAGAGCUAUGAGAACAAAGAGGCCUAUCAGAAAGGAGCUGUUCCUAAAAGCAGGAUUCUUCCAGCUGGUGGCAAGGUGUUAACCUCAGAAGAGGAAUAUAAUCUCUUAUCUGAUAAGCACUUUCCAGACCCCACUGCUUCCAGUGAGAAGAACUCGCAGCCCUUUGUGGUCCUACCCAAGGCAUUCCCAGUGUACCUGUGGCAGCCUUACCUCAGGCAUGGCUACUUCUGUUUCCACGAGGCCGCCGAUCAGCAGAAGUUCAGCGCUCUUCUCAAUGACUGCAUCAGACACCUGACCCACGAUUACAUGAAGCAGACAACAUUUGAAGCCCAAGCCUUUUUAGAAGCUGUGCAGUUCUUCCGGCAGGAGAAGGGUCACUACGGCUCCUGGGAAAUGAUUUCUGGAGAUGAAGUCCAGGUCCUGAGUAAGCUGGUGAUGGAGGAGCUGCUGCCGACCCUCCAGACUGACCUGCUGCCUAAACUGAAGGGGAAGAAGAAUGACAGGAAGAGGGCGUGGUUCGGGCUCCUGGAGGAAGCCUACAAUCUAGUUCAGCACCAAGUGUCAGAGGGAUUAAGUGCCUUGAAGGAGGAGUGCAGGGCUCUGACAAAGGACCUGGAAGGGACCAUCCGCUCAGACAUGGAUCAGAUUGUCAACUCAAAGAACUUCCUAACUGGGAAGAUCCGAGCAAUGGUGGCUCAGCCGGCCGAGAAGUGCUGUGUGGAGAGUGUGCAGCCCUUCCUGGCAUCCAUUCUGGAGGAGCUAAUGGGGCCGGUGAGCUCCGGUUUCAGUGAAGUCCGAGCACUUUUCGAAAAAGAAGUAGAUGAACUCAGCCAGAGCUUCCAUGCCACCCAGGAUGGUGCCCAGCUGAAGGAGUGCCUAGACCAGCUAAGGAAGCUUCCUCUGGACUCUGUGAAGAUGGAGCCUUGUUACACUAAAGUCACCCUGCUUCCAGAGCGCCUGCUGGACCUCCAGAACCGCUUCAGAUUCCCUCACGUUGACAUGGUGGUCCAGAGGACUCAGAACUACAUGCAAGAGCUCAUGGAGAAUGCUGUGUUCACGUUUGAGCAGUUGCUCUCCCCAUACCUCCAAGGAGAGGCUUCCAGAACAGCAGUGGCCAUCGAGAAGGUUAAGCUCCGGGUCUUAAAGCAAUAUGAUUAUGACAGCAGCACCAUCCGGAAGAAGAUCUUCCAGGAGGCAUUGAUUCAAAUCACACUGCCCACUGUGCAGAAGGCACUGGCAUCCACGUGCAAACCGGAGCUUCAGAAAUAUGAGCAGUUCAUCUUCGCAGAUCAUACCAAUAUGAUCCACGUCGAGAAUGUCUACGAAGAGAUUUUGUAUCAGAUCCUCCUCGACGAGACGCUGAAAGUGAUAACAGAGGCAGCUAUCUUGAAGAAGCACAACUUAUUUGAAGAUAACAUGGCCUUGCCUAGUGAAAGUGUGUCCAGCCUGACAGAUCUCAAAACCUCCACGGGGUCCAACCAGGCCAGCCCAGCCAGAAGACUGUCCGCCAUUCUCCCAGGAGCUCCAGAUAAUGAGGCCCCAAGUAAUGAAGUGUUCCAGGAGCUGGAGGAAAAACAGCAGCAGCCUGGGGUGCCUGGAUCACUGGCCAGAGAAGAAAGUACUUCUCUGUGCAUCUCUGGGUCCAGCCCUCCUUCAGGUGGGGAUGGGCAGGUGUCUGCGUCCAGUGUGGAUAACUCUGCUGGGAGCCCUCUCACUGCACAGGAGAACCCUGCAGGACCCGUCAGCUCACACUUAUCAGAGGUAGACGUUGGGGAGACCCUUAAAGAUGAAGAAGCGACCUGCGAAAGGUCAGAGUCUAGCACCGUGCCCGGGUCCCUGAAAGAACUGAAAGAGUUGUUGACCGUGACGGUGUCUGUAGAGUCUGCCCCAGGGGUUGAAAAUGAUACACACAACGGGACACCUGUUCCCGGGGAAAAUAACAGAGAAGAAGAAAGCCUGAUCCACCCGGAAGCUGAAGCUGAAGCUGGCCACCCAGGCGCCAUCCAGCAGGACAGCUGUGAAGAAAGAGAAGUCACGGAGAAGCAGGCCCAUCCUACGCCUUUAGAAGUGGAGGCUCCUGGGGUGGACUUGGGGACAUUGCCAGAGGGUGGAGGCUCUGCCUCUCAGUCCACCAGUGGGGGGCUCACUGAGAACACCAGCUUUCUAGUCCCCAUAGAGGAGCCAUCUGAGGCUCAAGGGCCCGCUGAGGAGGUGCUCCCAGCCACAGUUUCCACACAGGACAGCCCCCAGGUGGGAGGUGAGGCUGUGCUUUCUUUGACAGUCACACCUCAAGAAGAUGCCACGUUAAGUUCUAACGGCAUCUGUCCCUCGGAGAGGAAUGAGGUGCUUCAGGUUUCCGAGGAUCAAGAAGUCCCGGGAGGGAAUGCUAGCCCAGCCCUUGCUAUGGAUACAGAGCAAGUCAGUGCUGCCCAUGCGCAUGCGUGCGAGUGGCUGGUGGAGGAUGCCCUGAGCACUGACACCCUAGCGGUGCAUGAUUGUGAUGUGAGCUCUCCAGGGCAACCCUCAGAGGAGUGGUAGAAACGGGUUGCCAGUUGUUUCUCUUUUAAAACUGUCAGUCAACGGGUCUUAGUUAUGGGUAUCCUUAGGGGGCUGCAUGCUAUAAAAAUUAUGAAAUAUUUCUUUAAUUUGAACGGCGAAGCCAGAGGAAAUGUAUAGAGGGCAUGAGCACUGAGCUGUCUUUGGGGAGCUGAAGUGCUCCCUAUGAAUGAUCACUUUAGCAUUUUAAUAGAAAUAGGGUAGGAGAAGUGGAGCAUUGUGAAAAGCAGUUAAAGGGGCUCCAGAGAGGGGGCGGGGUAGGAGCGGGAAAUGACACCUCAAUAUUCUCUUCACUGAAACGGGGUAACACGUUUUGAACUGCACUUUACUGCAUUUUAAGCAGGCGUGUGAAGGAAUCCAGCCUCGGCACCCGCUCAGUCAGCUUUGCUGUCUCUUUUCCAUAGUCAGGCUACAAGAAAGAGGAAGUGACGAAGCAGGCAUCCCUGUCCUGUCAAGUACCCAGAGCCAGUCACAGCUGCUAGGUCUCAGGUGACACAGAGCAGAAAUCCAAGGAGGAAGGUCUGUGGAACUAUCUAGACCUGUUCCUAAUCCUGCCAUCAUCAAUUCCUUGUUGGUUAAUUUUGUUAGCUUAUAUUAAUUAAUCACCUUUUAAGGAAAUACAGAUGGGGCAAGAAAUUUCAUUGGCACAAAUUAGCCUUAGGCUAUACAAAGUGCUUGGCUAAAUUUUCUAGCUCAAAACCUACGGAUUACACAGACAUUAUUUGAACAACUACAGCAUGCUCUGUUAGUCACAGUAAUAAACAAAAGACCAGGUGCUUUGCUUCAUAUUAAUUAAAAGGCUCACGAGAACUUAGUCUAGAAGAAAAGAGUAUUUAUUCCAAUUUUUAAGUUUUAAACCAUGCUGGCUUUCACUCUUCCCAUUCACACGGUCCUGGUGUAUUCGCAGAGGGAGGGAAGGAAUUGAUGAAUGAAGGAAAAAAGGAAUGAAUGAAGCCAUUCAAGUUUACCAAAGACUUUACCAAUGUAGAAUUUGUUUGCCGGUCGGUGGUGGCGUGCACGCCUGUAAUCCCAGCACUUGGGAGGCAGAGGCAGGUGGAUUUCUGAGUUCGAGGCCAGCCUGGUUUACAGAGUGAGUUCCAGGACAGGACAGCCAGGGCUACACAGAGAAAUACUGUCUCGGGGGGAAAAAAAAAACCCCAAAAAAAGAGAGAGAGAGAAAUUGUUUGAUCAUUCAACAAAUUGUUUUCUUGAGUUCUCUAUCAGCACUCAGUCUGGGGAUACCAUGAUGCAAAGACCAGCGUUCCUUCUUUCUGAAGGAAACAGAAAGAAAUUCACCUCUAAAAUAGAUCACAAGCUGUGAGGGUCAGAGGGUCAGUGUAAGAGAUGAAUGCGCUCAGUCGCAGUAAGAGGUAGCUCACUUUGAGAAAAGGCUCAGACCGUUCCCUGAGUGUUUCAGUCCCAGGCCUCGGACUGGCUUCUUCUCCAUUCCCGUAUCUUAACAUCAGAACCUCUCACGUUGGCUCCGGGGUUGGUUUUACUCCACGCCAUCAAGCCCCUCCUCAGAGAAGUUAUCCCACACUUAGCCCGUUUAAGCGGGAAUUAAGCUAUCUCCCUCCCCACCCCUCCCACAAAGACUCUCUGAGACUUCUAAGUCAUAGAGGAUGAGCACCCAUCACGCCAGCGUGGUCUCAGAUUGAGUCAUUUCACCUUUUCUCAGAAGGUUCGCCUCCUUGUGUCCCUGAGACAGCCCACGAUUAAGUGAGGAAGAUGAACCGGCCAUCUCACCAGUGAACGAGGAAGGGAGAGCCCGUCUCCUGUGCUCCCUGCUUACCCUUUACCGGGCCUUCAGCAUGGUGCACCAAAAUUAUGUUCACUUCCACAACCUCCUCCUUCCUUCAAGGACUGAAACUGGGGAUUAGUCAUCGCUUGUUCUUUCUGCUGGAAACCCAAGACCUUGAAUAAUGGCUUCCUGCUUGCCAAGUAACCUCAGCAUCCCAAGGCCUAGGAUAAGAGCUGACAAGUUCUAUGCCACGCUGAAAAUGUGGGAGCUGGGCACCUGGCACGCUGCCAUGCAGGGGUUAUUUGGGCCUCGCUUUUAGGCAGGGAGAUGAUUCUAAUUAAGCUUUCUGAUCCUGUUGAAUCUUCCCAUAAAUAAAGUCCAAAGCUGAAGAGGCAGAUAGCCCAAAGGCCAUCAGGAUGCCCAAUACGGCAGAGAGAGCAGCGUCUAGCCCCACAAACACUACCCUUCUUCCUCAGAGAGCCACGGCUAUCAUGGAGGCCCAGCUCCUGCCCACCCCACUCCAGAGCCUCUCAUCUCCCCCUCCCGCCUUUGCUCACCCCCUGUACCCCAUGAGAAGCUGAGAAUAAAUGAGGGUUCAUGUCACUGAAUUAGCUGGAUGAGUGUUAGUGCCAAUCCAGAAAGCCGGAGAGGAGUGGGCCCUAAGUAGCACCACUUGCUAGAACACACCAAGCACACACCCAUCCAUAUUUCACACAACCAAGGUCUCCAAAACAGGCAAGACAGCUGUGACACGGCAACACAGACAGGGACCCUGCAGUGCACUAAAAUAGUCUCUGUGUGUGGUAACGUGUACAACGCUUGUCUUGCUUUUCAUAGGUUUGUGUGUGUUCUACUGUUUCCAUGGGGGAGCAAGGUGCUUGUGAUCUGAAUGGACAAUCUCUGCCUUGGGCAAAACUCUUGUAGACUCCUGGUUCAUGGCCAAAUCUCCAGGACUUUAAACUAGUUCUGUUACUUACUGACCUUUUACAAAGAGAUUUUCCUUGAAAAAAAAUGACUUGUUCCUGGUAACUUGGCACAGUGUAUGAAAUUAUGCGGUAGCCCCCAACUCACACACACACAAACACACACACACACAAACACACACCACAUUUAAAAAGGCACCACAUUUAAAAAGGCAUUUUGAAGGCUACAAGAUCAGAUUCUAGUAUCUUUUUCAGAGAGUUUGAGUGUGAAGAAUUAUUCUAUGUAUUCUCAUGCUUGCCUUUGUAGUUCUUAUUAAAGAAUUCUGACUUCUGUGGAUUUUAUAGUUUUCCCAGACAAAAGUGAUUUUAAUAUGUUCUUUCUGUAAAGUGUUACAUGAGCUGAGGGCAUGGUUUCAGGUGCAGCCCUUGCCUAGCGGGCUGGAGGUCCUAGUCCAAUCCCCAGGUGGUAGUUGGGGGAGGGGAGGCUACGUGAUGUAUGUGAGCUAUGCUGAAGAGUCAUUCCAGUAUGGGGGAAGGUUUGACAUCAUCGUCAUAGACCAUAAUAUGGUUUCACAAUGUGAAAAUGCCUUCUCGGCCAUAGACACACAUGACUAGGGAUUUGCUUUCUGAAGUCUGGGAUUUGGGGGAAAAGAAUUCCACACUGUGAUUUCAUUUUUGCAUUCACUAUACAAAGCAAGUAAACUAAGACCAUGUUGUAACCAUGUAUUUACUCUGCCAAGUGCCUUUAUGCCAAUAAAACAUUGAGCACUGAA